AUGUCCUUGGUCUCCCAGCCUCCCUUCACGAACUCAUUCAACUCUAGCACCGAAGCCGGCAUCCAACGUUCUAGUCUCGAUACGACGGAGGCUACCUUAACUUCGCUCCUCGCCGCCUUUGCAGACUCAUCGGACAGCCUGAUGGAUAGGGCCACCGUGACCGAGUAUUCCUCGCAGCAAGACUCACAUCCGUCUUUCUCGCACGCCUUGUCCGACCCUCAUUCGGAGGAAUCUGCUGCCGUCCACGCGUCGACGUCGCACUUUUCUCCUCGUCUCAAGUCGCAUUCCGCGUCCCCGCCCGAAUACACCACUUACCCGACCUCGGCGCGCUCCACAUCCUUUCCCGAUCAUAUCCAUCGCCAGCAGAAUCAUCCCUCUAGCAACCACAGUGGCAGCAGUGGAGGCAUGCCUCAAUCAACUAGUCCAUCGCUGCCGAUGCAAGAUGGUCGGUCUAAUCAUCACCAUACUCAAAUUAAACCUGACCAGGAAACUCCCAUAGACCCAUCCAUCGCCGCAUCGAGCCCAACCUAUCCUCACCCUGGCCAAUACUCACCCUAUCAUCCUCAGCAGGACCUACCCCAAGGCUUCCCUCCUCACCCCUCGGGCAGCAUGUACACCCAGCCCCGACCCGACUGGGCCGGCUAUGCUGGUCAUCAAAACCAUACGCAGCACACAAUGCCCGGAUCUUAUUCGGUCACUGGGCCCCAGACUCCCUCUGCGCCGGUGACCACUGGUGCUCGACCGGGCCAAGUCUACUCGUUCGUGCCCAUUCCGGGUGCUCAGCAGCACAAGCGCCCUCGUCGACGCUACGAAGAAAUCGAGCGCAUGUACAAGUGUGGCUGGAAUGGAUGUGAGAAGGCCUAUGGGACCCUGAAUCAUCUAAAUGCGCAUGUCACAAUGCAAUCUCAUGCAUGGGUCGACCGAAACUUCGGUAAUUUAAGUGUAACCAAACAUACGCUAACAUGUUCUUCAUCAGAAUUCAAAGAGAUCCGAAAAGAGUGGAAGGCUCGAAAGAAGGAAGAGGAGAAUCUACGGAAAGCUGAGGAAGACCGGAAUCGUAUCGUCGCUCCCAACGAUGCCCACACCAACGGCGCUGCACAGUCUGCCUACCCCACCAAUGGCCGGUCGGUUCAACUGCCGCCCAUUGGAUACCAACCCACUGCUCAGGUUGCUAACCAGUAUCAAACCUCUUCAUCGGCCGGAAUCCAGCAGAUUCAACAGGACUUUAGCCACGCCCAGUUAGCCUACUCUGGUUACCCUGCAUCGCCCUACGGCGCCCCAAGCCAAAUGUAUAGCUUACACCAUUGA